AUGAGCUUGGCAUCGCCGCCUCAUAAUCUUCAUGUAUAUAAUGUUUCCCCGUGUCCGCCGUAUCAAGCGUUCUUUUUCCCCAUUCUCUCACACCCAAUCAAGUCAAUCAUCCGGUCCGAUUCCUUCAUUCCCAUUCAUUCAUUAUCUACAGAGCUGUGCUCGUGUUUUCACUUCGCUCCUUUCAAGCCCGCCAAAAUCACUCCUUAA